GGAGGCGGGAAUUGGGAGCUCCGGUCCCGGAGGGCAGACUGGGGAAGCGGGAGCUGGGGGGAGUCUAGGGGGAAAACCGGGAGUCCAGACCGGGCCUGGGAAUUAUGAGGAGGGAACCGGAACCGGGCCUUGGUAACCAGACACUCAGAUCUGUGCGAGCGGGGCCUCGGGCGUGGUCCGUGGGCGUGACCCCGAAGGACUCUUCCCUUUUCCAAAAGAAGAGCUCAAAAGAGAAGGUUCAUCUCUUGCAAAUAUCAAAGCCAUGCCUCAGGAUGAACUAGAAUAUGCCCUUACAGGGAUCAGUGUCAUUCAAGGAUGUGACUGUGGACUUCACCCAGGAGGAGUGGCAGCAACUGGACCCUGCUCAGAAGGCCCUCUACAGGGAUGUCAUGUUGGAAAACUAUUGUCACCUCAUCUCUGUGGGAUUUCACAUGACUAAGCCUGAUAUGAUCCGCAAGUUGGAACAAGGAAAAGAACUAUGGACAGCAGAGAAAAUUUUUCCAAGUCAGAGUUACCUAGAAGAAGAUUGGGAAGCUGAAGAUGUUUUAGUGAAGUUCAAAGAAUACCAAGACAGGCAUUCUAGAUCAGUUUUAUCCAUCAACCACAAAAGACUAAUGAAGGAGAGAAGUAAUAUUUUGGGGAAAACAUUUACUGUCAGCAAGAACCAUAUUAUUUCAAAAACAACACUACGUGAAUAUAAACCCGAUGGAAAGAUUUUAAAAAAUAUUUCAGAAUUAGUCAUUAGAAAUAUAAGCCCUGUAAGAGAGAAGUUUGGUGAGAGUAAUGGAUGGGAGAAAUCACUCCUUAAUACUAAACAUGAGAAAAUUCAUACUGCAGUGAAUCUCUAUAAACAAACAGAAUGUAGUCUGAGUGGUAAACAAGAGCUUAUUCAACAUCAGAAGAUUCAAACUCCAGAGCAAUCAUUUGAACAUAAUGAAUGUGAAAAACCCUUCCUUAUGAAAGGAAUGUUAUUUACACAUACUAGAGCUCAUAGAGGAGAAAGACCCUUUGAAUACAAUAAAGAUGGAACAGGCUUCAUUGAAAAGGCAAAUCUCAAUGUCCACCAACAAAGUAUUAUGGAGAAGAAGCCCCACACAUACAGCAAAUAUGGGAAAUUCCUCUGUAGAAAGUCCAUUUUUAUCAUGCAUCAGAGAUCUCAAACAGAAGAGAAACCCUUUCAGUGUCCUUACUGUGGGAAUAGCUUUAGAAGGAAAUCAUAUCUCAUUGAACAUCAGCGAAUUCACACAGGUGAGAAACCUUAUGUUUGCAGUCAAUGUGGAAAAGCCUUCCGUCAAAAGACAGCCCUCACUCUUCAUGAGAAAACACAUAUAGAGGGGAAACCCUACCUUUGUAUGGAUUGUGGGAAGUCCUUCCGCCAGAAGGCAACCCUUACUAGACAUCACAAAACACACACAGGAGAGAAGGCCUAUGAAUGUACUCAGUGUGGAAGUGCUUUUAGAAAGAAGUCAUACCUUAUUGAUCAUCAGAGAACACACACAGGAGAGAAACCAUAUCAAUGUAAUGAAUGUGGGAAGGCAUUUAUCCAGAAGACAACCCUCACUGUGCAUCAGAGAACUCACACAGGAGAGAAACCCUAUAUUUGCAAUGAAUGCGGGAAGUCCUUCUGCCAAAAGACAACCCUCACUUUACAUCAAAGAAUUCACACAGGAGAAAAACCCUAUAUUUGUAAUGAAUGUGGGAAGUCCUUCCGCCAGAAGGCAAUCCUCACUGUUCAUCAGAGAAUACAUACAGGAGAGAAAUCCAAUGGAUGUCCUCAGUGUGGGAAAGCCUUUAGUAGGAAAUCAAACCUCAUUCGCCAUCAGAAAACUCACACAGGAGAGAAACCAUAUGAAUGUAAAGAAUGUGGGAAGUUCUUCAGUUGUAAGUCAAACCUCAUUGUCCAUCAGAAAACUCAUAAGAUAGAAACCAUGGGAAUUCACUAAAACUUGUGACUUUUUUGGUGAAAACUUUUAAAGUCAUAGUAAACCCUGUACAUGAUGUUGCUUGCAAGUGUAAUAAUAUUAAACAGUUUGAGGUAUUGUACCACAUAUUUACCUACCAUUUGCUAGCCUAUAAAACACAUAAAAAGAAUUCCUAGACAAAUUAAAUGACAAAAGUCAUUGAAAAUACAAGCUUAAAUUUUUGUUAGAUUCACCAAACAUAAAUUCCUCUGUCAAGUUGCCACAAAACAUUUAAAAUUGUUUAUUUUAAAUUUUAAUAUAUACCUUGUUGUGACCCAGUAAUAAACAAUAGGCUGCCUUGCACUGGUCCAUGGACCACACUGUGAACAGAAGUGCUUUAAAAGAAAGGAGGUGUGACUGUAUUUCUCAUUACAAAUAUGGAAUGAAAGUUAAUUGUUACCUCCUCAGAGUUAACCGUAGUUCUAACUUCUAACAUAAAUUAGUUUUUGCAUAUUAUAAACCUUUAUAUAGAGUAAAUUAUACAUCAUGUAUUCUUUCAUAUAUGUCUUGUUUCAUCCAUCACUAUGUCUUUAAAACUCAUCAUUAGUGCAUGUGGAAGAAGUUUAUUUUCAUUCUGUGUAAAAUUCCGUUAUAAGAUUAUAUUUCAAUUUAUCC